GUUGUCGUCAUCGCACCCCGCCAUAUUGGACAAACCUACCGAAGACAGGAAUACUGGCUGCUGAGGGAAUAGGUGGAAGGACCUGAGUACGUGUGGCUGAUUAAAGUUUACAUGAGUUAAAUAUCUAUGCAUUGGACCAAUUAAUAAAGUGCCAGAUCUGAGGCAGGACGUGGUUCGGGGGUUAUUUUCUUCCUCGUUAAAAGGACUUCGGUAGAUGAUGACUUCCCUGACCCAAAGGAGCUCGGGCCUGGUGCAAAGGCGGACUGAAGCCUCGCGUUCUGCUGCAGCCGACAAGGAGAGGGGAUCUGGGGACGAGGACUACGAGGCUCGACGCGGGGAUGAACAAGACGACGAUGACAGCGGAGAUUCCAAAGAAACUCGACUCACUCUUAUGGAAGAAGUAUUGCUUCUGGGACUGAAGGACCGAGAGGGCUACACAUCGUUCUGGAACGACUGCAUCUCGUCAGGCCUGCGCGGCUGCAUGCUCAUCGAGCUGGCGAUCCGAGGCCGCCUGCAGCUGGAGGCCUGUGGCAUGAGGAGGAAAAGCCUGCUGUCCCGCAAGGUCAUCUGCAAGUCGGACGCCCCCACAGGAGACGUGCUGCUGGACGAGGCCCUGAAGCACAUUAAGGACACCCAGCCCCCCGAGACUGUGCAGAGCUGGAUCGAGCUCCUCAGUGGUGAAACCUGGAACCCACUGAAGCUGCACUAUCAGCUGCGGAACGUACGCGAGCGUCUGGCCAAGAACCUGGUGGAGAAGGGCGUGCUGACCACGGAGAAGCAGAACUUCCUGCUGUUCGACAUGACCACGCACCCGCUCACCAACAGCAACAUCAAGCAGCGGCUCAUCAAGAAGGUGCAGGAGGCCGUGCUGGAGAAGUGGGUGAAUGACCCGCACCGCAUGGACAAGCGCAUCCUGGCGCUCAUCUUCCUGGCGCACUCGUCCGACGUGCUGGAGAACGCCUUCGCGCCGCUCCUGGACGACCAGUACGACCUGGCCAUGAAGCGCGUGCGGCAGCUGCUGGACCUGGAGCCCGAGGGCGAGAGCAUGAAGACCAACGCCAACGAGCUGCUCUGGGCCGUGGUGGCCGCCUUCACCAAAUGAGAAG